UGGUAAUGGCAAGAUUAUUUUAUCAUAAACCCCAGUUUGCCAUUUUGGAUGAAUGCACAAGUGCAGUUAGUGUCGACGUGGAAGGCUACAUUUACAGUCAUUGUCGAAAGGUCGGCAUCACCCUCUUCACUGUGUCACAUAGGAAAUCUCUUUGGAAACAUCAUGAGUACUACCUGCAUAUGGAUGGCAGAGGCAACUAUGAAUUCAAACAGAUAACAGAAGAUACAGUUGAGUUUGGCUCUUAGAGAAAUCUGGAGAACUAUACUUGCUUCAAUGAAAUAAUUACGGAAUACACUUAGAAAUGCAAAGUACAUUGUAAAAUAAAGUUGAGCUUGGUUUUUUUUUAAAAAAAAAAAACAAAGCAACAAAUUAGAUAUAGAAUAAUGGAGAACAAGUUGUUAAAACAUUUAAUACUAUAUAGGAUAUUGCUAAUUGUGUAUAUGUUGGUUUAAUUAUUAAUAUGUACUAAGAAUGUCCUUAUUCUUGUGGUUAAAAACCUGCCUAAAUUAAAUUGGGCUUCAAUCACUGUAACCUGAUUCAUCCUGGGAUGUAAACCAUUUGAAGUCAGCUAAUUGGACUUUUAUGGCUCUAUCUUUUCCUUCAAUGAAGAACCCUAUUUAAAACUGGGUCAUCAUUUGUCCUGUUCUAGCAAGAUAGUCUUGAGUUUCAUUUUCCUGUGCCCCAUGGUAGCAGGAAACAAGUCAUAAUGUAUUAUUUAAAUGUACAACAUCAUUGCAUAACCGCAUUUAUUACACAGUGGCAGAUUUCUUUAGCUGCCACAGUAAUACUCAUUCCUUGUGUGUGUCUUGGAGUGCAUUUCGAUUUUCCUUAACUGAAUGAUAAAUGUACCCCUCUCAGGCUAUGGUAUUGAGUUGUUUGAGGGUUCUUUGUGGUGAUGUAACAAAAAUGUAUGUGCAGUCUUGCUUACAAGGAGGGGUUACCAUGUGUCACACCUAAUCUUCCCAAUGUUUGGGAUAUUAAAACACAAAGUCCUUACAUGCCAGGCUCAAGGUCUUUAUGAGAGUUUUUGAUUUUUUGAAGAAUUAGACAAAUUUUUGUGUUAGAAGCCCAUUAGAAGUGUGGUAGUUAUUUGGUAUUAAACUCCAGAUGAGCCAUAGGAAUGCACUACAUGAAGUAAUGCACUGAGUAUGCAAUGCUAUCACUGUCUUUGACUGUGAUUUUAUGUUUAAAAAUAUGUUCUAAAAUUAUGUAUACAUGGGUGAAUCAUGUUUCUGAGGCACUGUUUUAUCUCCUUGAAUCUUGAAUAACUUUUUUAUAUUUGGUUGUUACGUUGAGCUAUCCUAAGAGAAGAUGAUUUCAGCUCAUCAAACCAUCAGUAAAUGACUAGAUGUAUUAUUUGCACAGGGAGAAGUGAAACGGAAUAUAAUCAGUAAGCUAGAUAUGAAAUCAGUUUAUCAAACCUGGGGUUCAGAAAGGGGCAUUUUAUAUUCUUGUUUCUGCAUAACUGGUUUUGUUUUUUGCAGAAUUAACCAUAACAAUCACUGACUACCGAAGUAAACGUGAUGUACUGAAUUCCAUAAUACAUAAAAUUCAAUUUAUACCACUUCUGUUUAGCGAACUUGUAUACUUACUUAUUUUCUGUUCAGAUUAAAAAAAAAAACUCAGAUAUCCUAUACAACCUUUGCUUGUUCUUUUUUAUUCUGGUAUCUAAAUACUGAGAAGUUCAUUUAUAAUUCAGCCUUGACUUAAAAACAUACAUAGUUUAAUGUUGACUUGAAAAACCACAAAAAUAAAUUCAGAAAAUGCUUUUAGCACAGUGUCUCUUUAUUUUAAAGUUUUGUCAAAUGUGGUUUUUAAUUGAAUGAAUUUCUCUUUUAGAGAAGUUCAGUAAAAUCUGUGUACCUGCCAAACAGCCAGGACACCCUAAAAGAUGCUAUUAGUCUUGGAAAAAAUUUUAAGACAUGGGGAAAUUUUAGGUUUUCAAAUUUCUGGGUUACUCUAAACCUACUAGUAGAAGUAGUCUAGCUGCCUCAUAAUUGCUUUUGUUAUGGAUCCUUGCCAUUAAAAAAAACAACAAUUUGGGCUUUUUUUUCUUAAUUUCUUAAUUUUUCUUAAUUUUUUCUUAAUUUUUUUUUCUUUUUUAUGUAAUAACUAUAGUGCCUCACCAUUUGAGGUGCAGAGGAACAUCCUUCUGGAGAAUCACAUUAACAUAUGGUGGUUCUUAGAAGACCCACAAUACAGAAAUCCAGUGAUUGCAAAACUUGAUUGACCUUGGAACACCUUUUUCUAUAUAAUUCCUAUUAACAUCUUCACAAACUGCACUAGGAAUUGGUAGUUUAAUAUGAAGAAUAAAACAGAAUAAGAACUUUCAUCCAUGAGCAGCACCACUCUGCAUACCAAGACAUAUCACUGUACUCUCAUAACAAGUUUUUACUUUUAUAUAAUGAGAAAAUAAGUAUGAAACAGCCAUGGUAGUUUGUGAUGCAUUAGUAGAAUAAAAUAUAUCUAGCAUUG